AUGCCCACCAACACGAACUUAAGUUUGAAAGACAAAGUGGAAGUUCUGGGAGAACUCGAAGCAGGUAGAAGUAAGCUCGACGUAAGAAGAGAUUGGAAGAUCUCCCAGGCUACGCUAUACAAUAUCAAGCGAGAUGCCGAGACGAUACGAGCACAAGCGGCUCUGAGACGAAGCGCGAAAUGCAAGCGGUUCAGGAAGUCGAAAUUCGGAGAUGUCGAGUCUGCUCUCUUCAAAACCUUCAGAGAAGCUCGUGCGUCCAAUCCUACCCUGCCGAUUUCUUCAUCAUGGCUCCAGGAGAAAGCUAAGUCCCUAGCAGCAGAGCAAGGCGACUCCGAUUUCAAAGCUUCGAACAAAUGGUUGGAGGGUUUCAAGCAGCGUCACCGCUUAUCGUCAAAGCGAACAUGUGGCGAGGCAGCCAAGGUCAAUCAAGAGGACGUGAACCAAUGGCUGGAGAACAAUGAAGGGAUCCUGAACGAUUACUCCUGUGAAGACAUAUUCAACGCGGACGAGACAGGUUUCUUCUACAAAAUGAUGCCGAAUCGGACGGUACAUUUCAAAGGAGAAGCCUGUCAUGGUGGAGAACAAGCGAAAGAUCGGUUCACGGUUUUGCUCUGUGCAAACUUCGCGGGCACCGAAAAAUUGCUGCCCUUGGUGAUUGGUCACAGUAGAAACCCCCGAUGUUUUCCGAAAUUGGCGAAGCGCGAAGCCUUCCAUGACAGCGCGAAGCUGGGUUGCCACUAUCGAUCGCAGAAAAGGGCAUGGAUGGAUACAGCGAUCUUCACCGAGUGGCUCUUGAAGAUUGAGGGAGAUUUCAGGAAGCAGAAACGCCGAGUACUUCUGCUCCUGGACAACUUCAAAGGUCAUGAGGUGGAUAUCGAACUCAAUCACGUCAAGAUUCUCUUCCUUCCUCCGAGGACCACAUCGAAAUCGCAGCCCAUGGACCAGGGCAUCAUUUGUAACGUGAAACAGUUGUACAAAAAAAAGCUGGUCGAACAUUACUGGGCCAUGGCACAGGACGGUCAAGUGAAGGAAAUAAAUUUGCUCCAGGGUAUCCGGUUCCUGAGAGAGUCAUGGGAUGAUGUCAAAACUUCCACCAUAUUCAACUGCUUCAAGAAAUGCCUCCCGAACGUUCGGAAUGCCAGCGCUCAAAGUGAGAACAGCGAUGACAUAGACGAACCGGAUCGAAUGAUUAUCCGAGACUGUUUCCCCAUUUCCAUGACUUUCGGGGACUUCGUUCAGGCUGAUCGGCAACUUGUGACUUCCGAUGAUUUCGAGCCUGAACACAAUGAGGUCCUCAGCGAAACCUCGGAUGAAGAACCCGGGUCCCCCUUCGAGGAGCCCAGUUGUGGUUUCGUGACCGGCCAAGAGGCUCUCCGAGCCUUGGCUACAUUGGUCAACCAUUGCUCUCAGAGACAAAAUAUUGUUCCAGGGAUCAGCAGGGCUCUACAUCAGUAUCGAGAUCUUGUUAUUUGUGACAUUCUACAGGAAAAAAGACAGGCAGAUCUUCGAUAUUAUUUUUCGAAAUCGAAGCCUUAG